AUGACAACCAAUAAAGAAAAGGACUCGGGGAAUAAAAUGCAAACCUCGUUGCUUUUUGAAGUGAAGGGUGUGACUGGUCUGUCCUCAGUCGGGGAGGAAUCAAAAUUUACCGUCAAAUUGGAAUACAACGGAUCUGUAGUGGGUGAAUCUCCCAAAGUGGAUCUGGUCGAUGGCAAUGCCAUAUAUCCAAAUCACGUGUUUAAAUACAUCUAUCCAAUAAAAGACAUCAGUGAUCUGGAAUUUUUGGUCAAUAAUCCUUUUGUUAUCACGGUGAACGAAUUCAAACAAAAAGAGAAGAAACAAAAGGAGAGCAAAAUAGAUUUGAUCGGUGAAGUUGCGUUCGAUUGUCUGGAACUGAUUCAAGGUAAACGUAAACUGAUUCACUCAUCAACCACACUGAUGAUAGGUGAAGUGUCUAUUGAAAAAGUGUUGCCACUUUUAAAACGGAUUCCGGCAAAUCACGGAUUAGAAGAUCCACAAGUGACAAUUGUCAUUUCGAUCGAUGGUUGGUCGAUUGGAAAGAAAGAGUUGGAAGAGUGUAACAUGCUGUUUGUUCACCUGGAUUCACUACAAUCGCCUCCGGAAAAACUAAGUACCAAGGACAGUACGUCCUCUUUCGUCACAGUUCUACCUCUGUGCAGUACAACUGAGUCGGAUAAUGUGAUUCAAUUUAACAAUGGCGCUACUCGUAUUCCUACCGAUAGUGACUAUUACGAGAAGUUACGGAGAUGGAAUCAACAGAAUCCGGCGCCAGGAGCCGUGGGAUAUAUUCCGGGAAGUUUUCAAGAUAACCGUUUUAAACUGAAUGAAGAAGACGGCGAUUUUCGCACCCCAGAAUAUGCAGCCUUUCGUCAAACUUGUGAUAUGGAACGACCGAAAAUUGUAUGGAAUCAGGAGCGUCGAUGCAUUUUAACAAACGAUUUGGGUAAAACUCGAAUAGCAGCACAAAAGCUUUGGCCUGUAGAGAUUGCCAAAUGGCAAAAGUCAUCCGCAACGAAAGGAAAAAAGGAUAAUGAGGCACCGCUAAGUUUUCAUGGUGUGGCAUACGUCAAUCUGACGCCCCUGAUCUAUCCCGGAGCAACCCAAAUACGUGGUGCUUAUCGCGUUGUUCCCUAUGUGGAAACUGAAUAUGUGGAGAAAGUGAAACGUCCCAAUAGUUUGCUCAUGGAAUCGCUGAAUGUCAGCUCAACAAUACCUGCUGGAUCACAAUUGAAUCCGAAGAAAAAUUCGACCAUUACGACCGCGAAGCAAGAACGAAAGCAACCCGGUAAACCUAUCCCUGAAGAACACGAGGCAGUUGAUGGGGAUACGGACCCGGUUGGACCACAACAGCCGAGCAGUGUGACCACUGAGCAGAACAGUUCACGACUGAACUCUGAGGGACAGUACGUGGAGGCCCAAUCUUUCAUUGUAAUCGAAUUUCGUCUUGCUCGUCCACUUGUACCAAAGAGGACAGCAGAGGAAGUGGAGGAGAAAAUUCAGAACUAUUUGAAUCAACGCAAACCCGUCCCAAGUCGUAUGCUGAGCGCCCAAAAAGCAGUAAGUGAGUACCACAAUCAGAUAGCGGAAGUUGCACGUUAUAUACUGGCGGAAUUCAGGAAACAUGAACUGUUUUAUUCGUUGAAUUCGACUGGAAAGUAUUUUGCAUUCAAAGAACGCUUGAAAUUUGCCGUGGUGAAAGUUGUGAGGGAGAAAUUCUUCCGGACGAAACCGUUUGACACACAAGAAGACUUACAAGUAUUUUUACGGGAUUUGUACGUAUUCCUGAUCGAUGAAAUGCAUGUUGGACUGCGUCAAGUUUUAAAACCGCAUGAAAAGUUUAUUCAACCGGAUGGAGUACAACUAACAAUUGAACAACUUCAUCGAUUUGCUCAAGAGACUCACAUAAUGGGAGAUUAUGAGUUGGCCAAACUAUACUAUCGUGAAGCCAUUGCUCGAGAACCAGGUUGUUCGGGCCAUUGGCUCAGAUUUGGCCAAUUUCAUCUACGAAACCGGGACUUGGAACAAGCGGAAGUGUGCUUCCAUCAAGUGUUGGAAUUGGAACCGAAGCAUCCAACGGGACUCAUACUCUAUGGGUUGGUGGCGGGUCUGGAGAACAGAGUGGAAGAGGCCACGGAUUUCCUCGAAGCUGCCGUUUUUGUGGACAAACAGAAUGUGAUUGCUUGGACAGUUCUGGGAUUGUACUACGAAACGAUUGCAAACGAUAUUGGAUCAGAAAUGGCUUUGAACGAGGCUGUUCGAUUGGACUCGUCAACGGGUUCCGCUGAGAUAACAAAGAAUGCAGAAACGGAAUCGGAACUGACCACCUCUCAGGGCCUACUUGUAGAUAAUCUAACCACAAAGCAUCACAAUUUAGCCGAUUCCUUGCAAGAACUCAAUCUUCCGAAAGAAGAUUCACAUCUUGAACAGAAAGAUCUGAUCGGAAUGGAUGGUUUUAAUGUUGAACAACAGGGAGUUUUGAACGAUGCCACCAAACCAGGAAAACCAGACAGCUUUGGAAGCCGAAGUUCCAGUCAACGUACUCGAAGACAAGGUUAUCCUGGACGAUCGUCACGAGGCAUGAAACCGUCAGCGAAAAAUACAAUCGUAUUUGGUUCGCGGGAGAGCUCACAAGGAAUUUCGCCACCUCAACCAUCACGCUCCAGUCUGUUCCUCCGCGUGGCGGAAUUUCUUUUGGAUAACAAUUGCUACAAUUUAGUAUCGACCGCAUUAGCGCACGAACUCAUUCAGCAGAAGAAACAAAUCAAUUCAUUCUUCUUAAAUGGACAACCAAAAUCGUCCGCGGAAAUUCUUCCGAGCAUGCCCGUGGAUACAGAACACACAGAAUCUCCAACAGCCUCACUGCUCGCCCUACCAAGCCGACCGGAUUGGCUUGUGCAACAAUUUGUCCAGUUUCAUUUAGCCCGUAUUCGACUGAUACUGGGCAGUGAAUCGACGGAUUUGGUAGCUGCCGAAUCGGAAGUGAAUUGGGUCACCGAUCUCGAUCCGCAGUGUGCUGAGGCGUGGGCACAACUGGGUCAUUUACGCUACUUGUCCGGGGAUUUAGAGGGUGCUCGUGAAAUGUACGAACGGUGCUUAGCCCUGACAACUUGGCCACCCGAAGACCCGCAUACCCUACGUCUUCGAUUAGGUACAAUUUAUUUGAAACAAGAAGAGUUCCAAAAGGCGAAACACACCUUCCUUGCCGCCAGCAAAGAAUCACCUACCUGUCUGACAUGGCUUGGUGUUGGUACAGCAUGCUAUCGGCUUGGUGAACUGGAUAACGCGGAACAGGCGCUGAUCGAGGCGAACUAUCUAAAUAAUCGCAACCCUACUGUUUGGGCUUAUUUGUCUUUGAUCUGUCUGAAAACAAUGCGACAAACGGAGGCCGAACAAACGUACAAGUAUGCUAUCAAGAAUUACAAAUCAUCUCUCAAACACUCCAAAGACCGAAAUGAACUGGAAACUGGAGAGCCUAAGCAUGUCACGAUUCUCACGGAAGAGGAUAUAUUGCCGAGAACCGAUCGAAUUCUAAGCGCUGACCCAACAAUGCUCAAAUCGAUACUAAAAACAUCUCUCGGAUUGGACCAGGAUGCGGAGACCAUAGAUAUACCUAUCAGUCUGGAAGAUGAACGAAGAGUCUCCUCAGUCACGCUGGAGAUGCUGAUGGAACGGGAAGAGAUUGAUAUACAUCCGUACGGUCGAGGAGGAAUAUACGAGGGAUUAUUGUACAAACGAAGGGAGAAUGAAAAACUGAACAUUAUUGCUAUCGUCAUCUGGAUCAUUUUUUCCAGUUCCGUCGUAAUGAUCUCAUUGGCUGUGGUGUUUGUGGCAGAACUAUCCUAUUACCUGCAUUCGGAAGAGACAGCGGAAGAUCGAGAAGCCUAUUGUGCUUUCUUCAAAACGUGCAAAGAAACCUCGAGCGGCUCCUGA